AUGGACGAGCUAGUUAGAAUUGUGCGUCAAUAUGCUAAUGACUGGUGUAGUGUGAUUAAGAUUAUUGAUAAAGCAUUAUGUGAGAAAAAAUUCAUUGUUUUCGAUCUAACUGUAUCUCGAAAGCAUCCACACAGAAAUACUGCCUUCUUGCAAUACCACUG